AUGUCAUUACAAGAUCGCCGUCAGCGCCGACUUCAGGAUCUUGGAAGAGAAUGGGGACUCGACUCAGCACCACUUCCAUCGCCAUUAAUACGGCCGGAUCAUGUAUCAUCUACCAUGACCCCAGAUGACGGGUACUACGCUGAAGAGCUUCUUAAACGCCAACGGACGACAGAGCAGGCUCAACAAUCCAAGGGCGGCUUAUCGAGGGCUUUCACUACAAAGAAAAAGUCGUGGGAGUACAAAGAGAUAUACGGCGCUCUCGUCACUCAUGUCACUAAUCAAGGUUCGCCAGGGGUCGCAGAAGCGUUUAUUUCGAUGCUGAAUCAAGUGGGAGGGAAUGUCAAUUUGGCACAGAAGAGCCGAACCAGUCUUCUAACCAGGAGGAAAAGCCUUGACCUAGCACAGCGGAGCCAAGUCCUUCAAAAAGCUGUGGAAAACAGGCACAAAGAGAUGGUAGAGGUGUUGUUGCCUUUUGCGGAUGCUCUGAGUCUAGACACAUCACUGCCCAUCGCAAUGCACAAUUCGGACUUUGCCAUUGUUGAAAUGCUGGUCAGAUAUGGAGCAAGCGCUGUGCAAACCGCCGAUGGCCAGGAUGAGUUUCGACGAGCAUGCGGCAGUGGAGGUCAGGCGGACAUGAUCGCUAUGAUAUUAUCAUCAGAAGGACGACCGCCAGUGUCCUGGGUGUCCCAGUCCAUGGUGGAAGCCGCUCGAGUCGGAUGUUUGGAUACUGUGCUUGCACUUAGUCGUUCUACAGCCGACGGAAACUACGAUAGUGCUGCAGCCUUGAAAGCGGCAGUAGCCUUAGGAAGACGAGAUAUUGUAUUGGCAAUCAUAACAGGGAACAAGCCACCAAGCCAACCGGGGUUGAAUGAGGCUUUCGAUCAACUCAUGAAUCACCAGAAUAUCAACCCCAAUGAGAAGAUCGCCUUGGCGGAGGUUUUGCUUUGUGCAGGCGCGGAUGGCGAUGUGACAGCGCGGGCUUUGGUACAAGCAAGCGCCACGUACUUUAUUGAUAUGGUACAUCUCCUGGUCUCGUAUGAUGCCUCUAUCGAAUAUCAAGAUGCCCAGGCUUUACGAAAAGCGAUCUCCACCGCUAGGUUGGAUCUUGCAGAUGUGAUGCUACAUGGACCGGCACAGUUAAACGCAAAAUAUGCAUCAGAAUGCAUAGGCCUUAUUCCCAAGAAACUACGGUUCGAGGACAGAUUUACGUUCCUGGACUUAUUACUACAUAAAGGAGCCCAUGGUCCCCCUCUGGACGAAGCUUUGGUCGAUGCCACAGAUGCGGGCGACGUGGAGGCGGCAAAGCUACUCCUUACUCCCUUGUUUCCUGGCAAGAUGGCAGGCAACCAAGAUUUGAGGAAGGGCCCUAAAAGUAUGGUUUAUGAGAAGCAUGCCGUCGCAUCGACAGAUUACAAGGGCGGGUUGGCGCUGAAAAUAGCGAUAAAAAACAGAAAUGUCCCUAUUGCGAAAAUGAUCCUGGCGGCCGAGAAGCCACCAUCCAAUGACGACAUGGCGCAGGCCUUCCCUAGUGUGAGGAAUUUACCACGGCUUGAGCGUUAUCAGAUGACAGAAGCAUUUUUGGGAGCAGGACUAUCCGGUCCCUGCGUGCACUCGGGGUUGCAGAAUGCCGUUGAUGAGACCCCGCCUCAUCGGGACGAACGACUUAUCGCAUUAUUAUUGCGGUCAAACGCCGAUGUGAAUUUCAAUGAAGGAGCAAGCAUUACUGCGGCUAUCGCACAAAAAGACCUGAGUCUUCUGAACAGAUUGUUGAAAAGCAAUCCCACCCCGCAGAUCUCGGCUAAAGCGAUCCCGCGAGCCAUGGAAGUACAGGAUCCAGGGAAGAGAGCUCAAAUGGUUAGCAUGCUACUGGAUGCCGGUGCCUCCCAUGGUGGGCAGGAAGUAUCAACAGCACUGGCCACACUCCUUCAGACGAGCCCGGCGGACAAGGAUCUUCUACGCAUUCUGCUCCAACGAGGGCAGGCGGAUGUCAACGCGAACGCUGGAAGCGCGCUCGUAAAUGCUGUGCAGCAUCCAGACCCAUCAGUACUUCAGAUAGUACUGGAGAUGAGCCAGCCAAGUCCUGACACACUAGAUCACGCCAUGAGAAACCUAGGUUCAGUGCCCUCAAGUUCAGGAAAGGUUGACAAACUAGACUUCUUGAUGAGGCGGGUCGCUUCAAAAGACCCUUUGAGCCGUUUGCUGGUUGAAGAAGUCCAGAAUGUCCUCAAAACGCCACCUCCGCAGCGUGUGCUCUCUGUUUUACGGGCUCUGCUUGUAAAUGGCGCAGAAAUUGAUGCUCACAAAGCAGAAGCAUUAUGCAGGGCAGUAGGUGCGGCUAACGGCCCAGUGGUAGACCUUCUUUUCUCGGUGCGACGACCAAGUCCCCUCUCACUCUCAAUUGCGAUGCCGUAUGUUUUGAGGGUCAAAGAUCCGAUGGACCGUCUAGCGUUUGCACAUAAGUUUCUCCAAGGCGGUAUUCCGCCCAGCGAGGUCAACAGAGCUCUUGUUUUUGCUGUGACAACAUAUCCUGACGAUAUUCCUCUUAUCAACUCUUUACUUUCUCAUGCUGACACAAACGACGGUCUUGCUUUGAUCGAAGCUAUCAAGCUGGAAAAUCAGGACGUUGUAGAACUUAUAUUGAAUAAGAAACAAUUCUCGGUCGAUGUUCUAAAUGCCGGUUUUUCUCAAGCCACCAAAACGAAGAACCAGAGAACACGGAGUAUGUCCGCCAGCAGUCUGCUCAGAGCCGGUGCCUCGGGGGAAGUGGUAUCAGAUGCGCUGUUGGCAGCGGCCAUGGACGGCGACCUCGAUUUCGGCACAAUCCUCGUACGCAACGGUGGUAGCAUUGACUAUAAGGAGGGCCAGGCUGUGGUGGAGGCUUGCCGGUCCGGUGCUGCGGAUGUGUUAGGUAUGCUCUUGUCGGGUGUCUCGGAUAUCAGCCAGCAGACUUUACGAAAGGGCUUCCAAGCGGCAACCGAGUUAUCCGACCUUUCCAAAAGGGCUGCUAUUUUCAAGCUACUGUUACAGCAGGGCGCCACAGGAGAAGUUGUCGAUGCUCAAUUAGUGUCUGCUGAGAGGUUUGGCGAUGCCGGGCUAGAACUCGUACACCUGCUGCUCGUUUAUGGGGCAAGUCCAGAUUAUAACGACGGUGAAGCAGUAGUCCAGGCCACAAAAUGUGCCUUUCUCGGUAAUCUUGAGAUGCUUCUGGGCAUAAAGGAGGUCGGCGGCAAACAAAAGAAGCCUUCGUCGCAUACGCUCCUCAAGGCCCUGGAUGCCUGCUGGGGCCUUAGCAGGGAUACACGCUUUGCCGUACUUGAAUGGAUUUUUCUAGCCGGCAAGCCUGUUCCCAAUGCUGUUCACUUGGCUUUAACACAGGCAGUCAACGAAGAAGACCCCGAGGAAAGGGUUAUACAGCUGCUUGUAGCCAAUAGGGCAUCGCCGACAGCAAAUGGCUGCCAGACCUUGAUUGAUGCUACCAGGACACUGACCGCAUCUCAAUUUGCCAAGCUGCUGGAAUCGAAGGUCACACCGGAAGAGGCAUCGUUAGCAUUCAGCAAAGUAUUUGUUCCUGAUAGAGCUGGAUCGUGGCUGUCCGAGAGAGGCUUUGAGAUCGCGCGCUGCUUACUGCGAAAGGGUGCUCGUGGGGAUGUUGUAGGAUCGGCGCUCGUGGCAGUGCUCGGAGUUUACGCAGAGAACCCUGGAAACCUGGCAGACAGCUUUGUCGAACUGCUCCUGAAGUACGAUGCCGACCUUGAUUACAAUCAAGGAGAGGCAGUGCAAAUUGCCGCCACUCAGGGCAAUCCUGACCUGCUCCGCCGGCUUCUACAAGAGAAGCCAAGUGCCGAAGCUGUGACACUUGCAUUCCCCCGAAUUUUCGAGACAAGUGCUGGGGAAGACGAAGUUCAUGAAUUAAUCAACCUCUUUGUGGACCAUCAUGACGGCGGUUACCAAAUGGAUACUAUGUUCACCGAAGCUGGAUCCCAGCCAGUGAUAUUUCGGGCCCUAUCACAAUUCCCAAGAUCGAUCAAGGUAAUACAGGCUUUACUGGACAUCGGUUUCUAUCAUGAUCAAAUGACUUCUGCUAGAGUCAUGCCUGUAAUGGAAGAAGACGAACAGGUCAACCUUCUCACGUGGGCACUUCUACAACCUCAGAAGAAGAUCAGCAGCGGUGUCAUUAAUUUGGUCAUUGAUCGGGGUGCGAAAGUCAACUACGAGACACGUCUUUCCAGAGUAACCCCGUUGAUGCUGGCGAUCCAAACACGGAGACCCGACAUUGUCAAAUCUCUUCUCCUUAGUGGUGCGGAAGUCGAUGUCGCUGAUGCUAUUGGGAGGUCCCCACUGUCUAUUGCUUCAGGGAUUGGUGGAGACCUGGCCAUCACCAUGAUGUCAAACCUUCUUGCAGCAGGGGCUUCGAGAAAUGACGGCUCCCUACAUAAUGCUGCGAGAGAGCUCAACUUGCAGGCAAUGCAGAUCUUGAUAGAAUACAAGCACGAUCCCGACUUCCCAAGCCCACAACAUGGUGGGCGUAGCGCACUCGGAGAGCUGUGUCUCCAUGCCGCCGACUCAGGCGAGAUCACUGCCCUCCGCGAAAAAGCCAUGGAGAAAUGCAUAAACCUUCUUUUGCAGGACUCCGAUAUCACUCUGCACUCAGAGGGCAAGUCUGUGCUUCUACUCGCUCUAGAAUCGGCAGACCCUUUGACAAUUACCAAGGUUCUGCUACGAGCUGAUAUGUGGAAGUUCAUCAACAAGACCUUCAACCAAUAUACAGAUGGCCAAUAUACUUACUCGCCCACCCAAUACGUCUCCCGCGUUCUGCCACAAAAGGAUACUUCGCACGAACUGCUGAAAUUGCUCAAAGCGAAUCGCGGUGUCGACAUUUACUAUGCCAACUCUGGUCCCCAGCCAGACGACGCCGUCGGGAUGCCAUCACACAUCCAGGAUCAAGAAGCAGAUCGAAAAGCACGUCUUGACCGCCAGCGCCGCCAAGAUGAUGAGCAUCUACUAGCCAUAAACAGGUCGAAAGAAUUGGCGGCGGUACAGGCAGAGAUAUGGGCGAAUCAGGCCGAGCUCGAAGACGCACGAAAGAAGCGUUCGCAUGGCGCCGACAUAACAGCGAUACAGGAAAAAGCACGUCUGGAAGAUGACCUCUUCGCGCGAGCUCUGGCACAGCAACGCGCCAAGCAGAACGCCGAAGUCUCGCACCAAAAGGCCCUUACUGAAGCGUCGCGCCGUCGUGUACAGGAGCUCGGCGACGCCGAAUUAGCGUUUGAGACGCAGAAACAGCAAAAAAUGUUGGAGUGGGAACGAGAUCUGGGUAAUGAAAGGGUAGGCAAUGCAAACCAACUCAGUAGCAUCAGAAUUGGGGAACGGCAACAGGCUGAAGAGUUUGACAAGGCAGCCGACUAUCGGUUUAAACAGCGGAUACAAGAGCAAAAGAAGUUGGUGGAUAGUCAAGCUCAUCUUGCGGCGAAUAUAGGAGGAAACGGCGGUAGUACAAGCGCGAGGAGGCAGAUUGGUUUUAUAGCCGGAGAAGUGCCUUAA